GCAAGAGGCCACGCACGCAUUUUUUUGUUGUCCCAUCCAGAGCCGCCGCCACAACUCGCCCAACAAGCCUCGGCACCUUUCGUCGCACGCGAGCACCGCUCGCUUUUGCCUCAAUGUCAGAGGUGCGGCGUUUUUAUCGCACGGGGGCUCAGCGGACGAUGCCCCUCGCUCGCUUCGCCCUGGGCGCGCCGAAUUCUCCGAGUGUUUUUUUGCCGCCGAGGUGACGGGCGCAAGGGUCGUUCGAUGACCUACAGCGGUUCUGCGGAUCGGGGGUCAGAUUAAUAAGCGCUCCGUCGCCCAUAUGAGCUCCGUUGGCCGCCUUGAGUCAGGUCUUCACAGGUAGCUGUGUUUCUGAUCUGCCUGCCGCGUCGCAGAGGAAACGCGCCGCCGGAUGCAAUCGCCGACCGCGUGCCUCCUAAUGAUCUGGGAUUUUAAAGGCGGUAUCCGUGGACGACUCUGGAGGAGGAGGAGUAGGAGGCAAAGGCUGUGAGUGUGUCACUGGGAAGGAGAUCUGGCAGGAGGUUGGUGGGUCGGCAUGCAAGCCACAUCCAGCGGGUCGCGGGCGUCCCGAGAAUUUGUGCGGCCCUUGACGUGCGGUUCUGGAGGAAGAUGCUCGGCGCUCGGAGUCCGGCUGCAAGGAGAGGCCACCGACUAAAGCAUGGCAGCUUGGCAGAUGCACCUUCGCAGCUCUCUCCAUUGCCCGCGUAUCUCUUCACACCUCACGGAGGAGUGGACCCGCAGCGCGUGACUUCUCGGCCUCCCCAACAGCAGCAGAAACUCGCUACAAAUCGAAGGAACCAAGAAGAUGAACCACUCUCUUCUCUGUCUCUCCACAGCUCUCUCCAUUGCCCGCGUAUCUCUUCACACCUCAAGGAGGAGUGGACCCGCAGCGCGUGACUUCUCGGCCUCCCCAACAGCAGCAGAAACUCGCUGCAAAUCAGCAGGGCCCCGUGACGCGAGGCACCCCGGCGGCUCCCGAGAAUGCGCCUGAAGCGACGGCGGCGCCUGCUCUGCCUCGCCUGCGUCCUCACGGCGCUCGUCCUGGUCAACAUCAUCGCGUCCCUGCCCGGCGGCAAGCCCCGGGCCCAGCGGCCGCGGCACCGAGGGGGCGUCGCGCUGGGCGCGGGGGCCGCGCGCCGCCGAGGAGGCGGAGGAGGCCACGCCGAGGUGCUGACGGAGAGGCGGCCGGGCCGGACCCACGACGGACCGCGACCGCGGGCGGUGAGAGGAGGCCGCCAGCGCUUCGGUGACGACAGCAGCGACGAGUGGCUGGCGGUCGACCCCCCCGGGGCGUUGGACGCGGCGCGGAGGGACAAGGCGAAGGCGGCUGAGAGGAGCGCGGCAGGAGACGCCGUCGUCGGCGGGCGAGACGCCGCGGCGAGCCGCGAGCGGCACGCGGGGCGAGUUGUCGGGGCGAACGAGGCGCGGGAGGAGUCCAACCUUGUGGAGCUCAUCAAGGGGCAGGGCGGCUGGCUGGGAGAGCUCGGGGGAAAGUGGCUGGCGGGGAGAUUCGGAUUCUUCCACGCCGAGCGUGAACCCGAUCCGCCGCUGAAAGGACCCGGAGAGCGCCUUGCACCUGGAAACGUGCCCCGCGUUCCCAACGAGGCUGCUCCUGAACCGGGCUCCGUCCCAGCGCCCGUGCCUGACCCGAGGCGCUGCGCCGCGCUGGGCCUCGCUUUCGACGGGUCCGGCGACGGCGGCCGCGCAAACGGCAGCGUGCGCCCGGACGCGCCCACCCCACCUCCCUGGCUCUCCCGGGAAGAUCUGCGGAUCCUGAACCUGCUGUCCGGCGGCGCCGUGCGGCGCAAGGAGACCCUGCCGGGCCACGGGGCCGUGCUGAGGCUCACGUUGGGACCGGCGGACGGGUCGGCGGCGUCCGCCGGGCCCCUGCCGCCCGUCGAGGCGGGACGCGACUAUUGCGCCGAGGGUGCGUGCGCGCUGGCCAAGCGCACGGGCGACUCGUACGAGGUGCUGGCCUUCCACCUGGACCGCGUGCUGGGGCUGGGCCGCGCGCCGCCGGCCGUGUCGCGAAGGCUGGACAGCUGGCUGCUGCCGUACAGGUUCACGAACGGCACGGCGCGACCACUCAUCUGGUGGGUGCCGGACAUCCUGCGUCUCAGCGACGGCGCCAGCGAAGAGGGAGACGACCAGAACUCCUUUCGGCUUACGUGGCCGCAGUACCAGGCCGUGCUUCGUGGCGAGUGCCACGGCAAGGAGGACGGCGCUGGCGGCGGCGGCGGAAGAGCCGCGGGUGUCUCCUGCCCCUCCGUGAGCCGGGCCGAGUGGGGGAGAUUGGCCCUGUUUGACUUCCUCCUGCAGUUUAUUGUGCCCGCCACCGCGCGUCCAAUGAGCAUGGUUGGAUACGUACGGCGCGAAAGAAGUCCGACAUACAUGCGUGCAAGUAAAAUGGUAAAAGGUAAAGAUGCAGCCCUGCAUGUGCUUGCUCACGCCACUGCUGGCGGAAGGGUCUCCAGUCAAUUGAGCUCCCGAGGGCCCGUCUACGAGAAUGUGUUUGCCAACUCUUCCGUGUUGGCCAGACGUCUUGGAUGAGGUAUGAGUCACCCAAACAUCACCCCAUAGGCAGUGAUCAUGAACGUCAAUGAAUGAUGAUAAAUGUGGAAUUUAAACACAAGGAGCCAUCUUGCUUGGUAUUUACAGUGGCUGGAACUUUAGAUUUACAUUCAAGCAGCCCACAAGACGGACGGGCCCAAGGCAAGAGGAGCACAAGGCACUUGUUUAUGAGGAGCCGCUGAUGGUUUUUGCACAACGGAUGAGUGCUCGAUACGAGUUUCUGUGUGUGUCUUCAACAUUCGCGGGUUUCCUGCCUGCGCUGUUUUCCUGUCGCUAUGGUUUUCUUUCCCCCAUAACUUACAGAUUUGACCACAUUCACACAUUGCACAUCCGACUUCAGCAUUUGCACCUGGAACGGGCCUUACUUUGAGCCAUCUCAGCCUUACGUAAGGCAUCGCCUCAUCCUCCAACAUGGCAUUCUUCCUCGUGCGAAACACCAAUUGUAAACAAGCCGUUAAUAUUCGCUUGCUUUUUGGCACGUCUGACAUACAUGAAACCUCUACAGGAUCUAGUAACAUCUGUGCCGCAUUAAAUCCCUUGCUCUAUAAUAAUAACAAUAAUAAUCAUUCAAGAAGAAGAACUAGGCAGCCAUGCGUGCGGUUGAUAAAUCCCCUUGCGUCAAACAAGCCGACGCUAUAAGCCCCCCUCGGUGUUUUCAUCGUUUUGAGAACUCCACAAGUCUUCGAGUGUGUUUUGCAUUACACGCGCCUCGUGCAUAAUUCGCUGUGGGAGUAAUUUUUCAGGACACAAAGACAAAGAUCCCCCACCACCCCCUACACCCAGUAUGACCUUAACAGACUGUAGGGGCAAGUGCUGUUAGCAAGCACCUAUGAAGGCCGGAACGGUACACGAACGAGGGGGUGGGUGGCCAGCACCACGCCCGACCGCCUUUGUCUCCCCAGUGACGAUGUUUACACACCGCACCAGGUACUCAUUUUAGGCUGAGUCGACCUAGGAGAGGCCCGGGACCGGUUCAGAUAAUCGUCACUGGUGUUGGCCGUGAGCGAUAAUCGAACUCGGGUCGCCAGGUUCAUAGCGCAGCGCGCUAACCGCUACACUACCGCUCCCCACACACAGACACACCCGCACACACACACGCACAGGCACACACAUGCACACACGCACGCGCGUGAGCUUGGAGUCAACUUUGGCCGUGGUGGCCCUUCGAUGUUCUCGUGACGACUGCCAGGCCCCGCCCGCUCCGCGCGUCGUCCCACGUGGAGACUUCUUCCAUCAGCAUGGACCCAGCAGCAGCAGCAGCGUGCCGCGUUUGGACUGCGGCGUAAACGCCUUUGUUUAAUCACUUUCAUUUCCUUCAGUCUGGGGGGCGGGGGGGGGGGUGAGUUCUUAAUUUACACCCAGACGAGAGCCAGCGCCCUGUGUAGGAGUUCAUAUGUAAUGCCAACUGAACCAGGGUCUAUGCCAGGAAUGUUUUUUUUAAAAGGAGAGACAAUCCCUUUAGGCUACCUGUUCGUGUUGUUCAUGUUUUAACGAUGUAUGCGCCCUAAUUUCUGGCUGCUUUGUGUCCGCCUGCCUCCCUGUGCACCCUUCAUCCGAUGCUCCAUCAGCACUCAGAAUUAGAAAGUCCUUUUCUUGGUGGUGAUGCUUCUUUAAGUGGGGCAGAAGCCGUGUGGAGGGCGCCACGGUGGCGAGAUGUUAACCACCUCGCCUGGUCCACAGGAGGUCGUGGGUUUGAUCGUGACUCUGACACCUGUAUAUUUGUAGUUUUCACGUCUCUCUCCACGUGGUCGCGUGGAUUUUUCUCCGGGUCCUCCGGUUUUACCCUCCACAUUUAGAAUCAACGUCAUGCGUUUAGAGUAUUUGGCUUCUAUAAAUGUCCACGUGAUGAGCCACUUCGUUGAGCUAUAAUUUGUGAUGUCCAGGUCGCUUCUGAAAACGAAUAGCUUAGUGGACCUUACCUGGUAAAAUAAAAAUAAAAUAGUGAAAUAGUUUUUUAGCAACAAAUCGACUUCGAUGUCACUAUUUCUAUUCAAUUUAGUUUAUGACUUAAACAGGGCAGUAGUUAUUCACUGCUGGAUGACGGUCACCCAUCCCAUGGCUUUUCAGUCAUUGGGGGUCGUUUGGCCAUACUUCACCACAAUGGUCAAUGCAGGUUGGUGAAGGAGGUGGAGGGAGCCAGUUCAGAUACCGCUCGCCACUGACGUUCAGAAUCAGAAUACACAUUUAUACUGGAGGAAUCCGCUGUCGGAAAGACGCUGUCUUUCUUUCCGACAGACCUGUUCUUCACCUGAGGACGCCUGCUUGCGUUGUGGCCGAAACGUCGUGAGAAUUGUAUUUAAUGAUGUUUUAUUUUUAUUAUUUUAUUAUUUCCCUUCUACGUGACUUUACCGAAACAAACAAGAAGAUGAAUCCCUGCAGUCACGAAAGCUUUAAAUCGAAGCUCUUUAUGACGGAUGUCCAGUCGCUGGCCAUGGCCAGAAUGCAAACUCAGGUCACCGGGUUCAUAGCGGAGUGCGCUCACCGCCGAGUCACCGCUCCACCCCUGCACUGAAGUCUUUCCGAGUCCUUAAAUCCAUCUCUUUACUUUUUCUCGUUCGAAUUACACUAUUUCAAUAACAGACGAAUUAGACAUUUUUGUUACAAAUUUUGACGCGAACGAGGCCGUAGCGUUGACAGGCUCGCAAUCUGCAAUGGUCCACAGUAAAUUACACUUCAAUGUGAUGAAUGAUACCCACCUCAGCGGUAAAAAAAUUACCCGUAAAAACAAAGUUUUUCACUAUAAAUCCUUUAUAUGCGUGGCAUGGGUUUUAUUUUAUUAUUCAUUUCUGUUGUUCUUGAGUAAGAGUUUCAUUUUUAUCACAUUGGUAUUUUAAAUUAAAUAUGGAAUUUUUUUUUUCCUAAAAAGUGGAACAUUUGGGAAUUUUUUUUUCACGAAAAUAAAUUGUCACGCACAACGAGUCUGUGUGCAAAAUGUCAGCUCGAUUGGAUCACGGAAAGUGGGUUACAAAACGACCGAAAGAUGUGCACGGUCGUAAGCGCGGAAGCAAGCAAGCAAGCGAACUUAAUAUAAAGGAUUAAAAAAAAAAGGCGUGAAGCCCGGCGAGUUGCCGUAAAAGGGAAACCAGAGGAAGCACCACGAACACGACGAGUGA